CCUUUGUAAUUGUACAGGGAAAAGAAUCUCUCCUAAAAUAAUUUGCAUUCGUCCAUUGUGGUCACGAAGCAAAGCAAGGUCCCGAAAGUAGAAACAAAUUUUGGUGAACAAGUCCACAAAUUGCGCCCUUGACAUGCCACCAGGGAAAAUACUAUUGCUGCUGGCGUUCUUCGUCGCAGUUAAUUUGAUAACUGCCAGACCAGGUUCUGCUCGGAAUCCAAUGUACGACCAUGAUAUUGUGUAUGGAAGCAGCCUCCAAGAUCAACCUCUCUCAGAGCUGGACAAUUUAGAAAAGUGGGGCGGCCAAGACGAAUCCGGUCCUGAAAUCAAUAAGAUGAACGCAGAAAUGAGUGGAAUUGACGAUAUGGACGAGCAGGGAAGCAAAGACGAACCCAGUCUUGAAAUCAAUCAGAUGGAUCUAAAAGUGGGUGAAAUUGACAAUAUGGAAGAGCGAGGCAGCAAAGACGAACCCAGGCCUGAAAUCAAUCAGAUGGACGCAGAAAUGAGUGGAAUUAACAAUGUGGACGAGCAGGGCAGCAAAGACGAACCCAGGCCUGAAAUCAAUCAGAUGGACGCAGAAAUGAGUGGAAUUAACAAUGUGGACGAGCAGGGCAGCAAAGACGAACCCAGGCCUGAAAUCAAUCAGAUGGACGCAGAAAUGAGUGGAAUUAACAAUGUGGACGAGCAGGGAAGCAAAGACGAACCCGGUCCUGAAAUAAAUCAGAUGGAUCCAGAAGUGGGUGAAAUUGACAAUAUGGACGAGCGGGGCAGCAUAGACGACCUCGGUCCUGAAAUCAAUCAGAUGGAUCCAGAAGCGAGCGGAGUUGACAACAUUCAAGAUGAAAAUGAUCCCGCGACUGAGGAACCAACAACGGAGGAACCUAUCAUUAUCAUAACAUGCGGACCACCUAAAAAGCCUGAGACUAACGCCCCACCGACUGAGAAACCUGUUACAGUCGCCCCACCCACGGAGAAGCCCGUACCUAAACCUAAACCUAAACCUAAACCACCUGUUAAGAAACCUAAAAAGAAAGGAAAAAAAGGAAAAGGAAAGAAGGGAAAGAAAGGAAAAGGAAAGAAAGGAAAGAAAGGAAAGAAAGGAUAAAGACGAAGAGGUCGAGGACGAGGUCGACGAAAUAUGAAACAAAACUUUGGCAAUAAACUUUUGUGUCGACUGGCAUACUUCUUAUUUAGUUUUCUCCCACCCGCGUGAUACUGGGUCAGAUGUGAAAUUUCAGAUGUUUGUUGUUAUUCAGCCUUUCACCCCUAAGAGUGACCAGCGUCCAAAAUGUAACUUCUCCUUACCAUAUCACCCCUGAAUCACCUGUUAACCCUGAGGGUCACAAGAAUAAAGGAAAUGAUCAUCAACUAAAGAAGCUCU